AUGUCGGCAGGGAAUAUAGGUGACAGCUCACUGGCUCUCGAAGCCCUUUUCCGGGGUAACCAAAUUCUAAUGCUAGAGGCUUCUGCCAUCGGCUUUGUUGCAGUCACGAGCUGCUUCGUUUACUGGAGCGUACUGCCUAUUUCAUGGCCACCCACAACAGAGGAAUGGGAAUUCUAA